AGCGCACUGUGGGGCGUACGGGUGCCCAGAAUGCGGCCACUCAAUCUGUUUCAUUCUACCUUUGUUGCAAAAUCCCUCACUGCUCAUGUAUUCGAACUGAUUUUUAUGACGGUGUUGAUAAGAGCUGAUUCAAGUGAGAACCUCUGGCCCCACCCCGCAGAGAGAUCAUCUCAUCCCACAAAAACCAAGGGUGGCAGAGUGCGAAUCCCUGGAGUCAAGGGAGAAGCAUCGGGAUACUGUA